CGCCAUCUCCGGGCGCCCGGCUGGGGGGGCGCUGGGUGUGGGGCGGCUCCGGGGCCGGGGAUGGCGGCGGCCGCGGUUGCGGCGGCUCCGGGACGAGCGGGUGGAUCCCGGGAAGCGCUGUGAAAUGGGCCGGCUCCCGAGCCAGCCGGGAGGACACUUACUACAGCUGCUCAGAAGCACCACUGGAAGCUCAGCAGAUGUGGGCACCCCAGCCAGAAGCAGAGAGGGGUACAGGGAAGCCACAGCGAAGCCCCUUCUGAUGCCCCAGGGAGCAAGCCGACUCCUUCCAGGCUCCAGGAACACCACAAAGCAAUAUGAAACCUGUUCAUGAGAGGAGUCAGGAAUGCCUUCCACCAAAGAAACGAGACCUCCCCGUGACCAGCGAGAAUAUGGGGAGAACUACCAGCUGCUCCACUAACCACACACCCUCCAGUGAUGCCUCUGAUUGGUCCCGAGGGGUUGUGGUGGCCGGGCAGAGCCAGGCAGGAGCUAGAGUCAGCCUGGGGGGUGAUGGAGCUGAGGCUAUCACCGGUCUGACAGUGGACCAGUAUGGCAUGCUGUAUAAGGUGGCUGUGCCACCUGCCACCUUCUCACCAACUGGCCUCCCAUCUGUGGUGAAUAUGAGCCCCUUGCCCCCCACGUUUAAUGUAGCGUCUUCACUGAUUCAACAUCCAGGCAUCCACUAUCCCCCAAUCCACUAUGCUCAGCUCCCAUCCACUUCGCUGCAGUUCAUUGGGUCUCCUUAUAGCCUUCCCUAUGCUGUGCCACCUAAUUUCCUACCAAGUCCCCUCCUAUCUCCUUCUGCCAACCUUGCCACCUCUCACCUUCCACACUUUGUGCCAUAUGCCUCACUUCUGGCAGAAGGAGCCACUCCUCCGCCGCAGGCUCCCUCCCCGGCCCACUCAUUUAACAAAGCCCCGCCUGCCACCUCCCCACCUGGGCAAUUGCCGCAUCAUUCAAGUACUCAGCCCCUGGACCUCGCUCCAGGCCGGAUGCCCAUUUAUUAUCAGAUGUCCAGGUUACCUGCUGGGUAUACUUUGCAUGAAACCCCUCCAGCAGGUGCCAGCCCAGUUCUUACCCCUCAGGAGAGCCAGUCUGCUCUGGAAGCAGCUGCUGCAAAUGGAGGACAGAGACAGCGAGAGCGAAAUAUCAUAAGACGGGAAAGCGAAGCCCUUGACUCCCCCAACAGCAAGGGUGAAGGCCAGGGACUGGUGCCCGUGGUAGAAUGUGUGGUGGAUGGACAGUUGUUUUCAGGUUCUCAGACUCCACGGGUGGAGGUAGCGGCCCUGGCACACCGAGGGACCCCGGACACUGACCUCGAGGUCCAGCGGGUGGUUGGCGCUUUAGCUUCUCAGGACUAUCGUGUGGUGGCAGCUCAGAGGAAGGAGGAACACAGCCCCCUCAACCUAUCCCAUCAUACCCCCGACCAUCAGGGUGAGGGACAGGGGUCAGCCAGGAACCCUGCAGAGCUGGCAGAGAAAAAUCAGGUCCGUGGGUUCUACCCUCAGUCCCAUCAGGAACCAGUAAAACAUAGACCUUUACCCAAAGCAAUGGUUGUAGCCAAUGGCAACCUGGUGCCCACUGGAACUGACUCAGGCCUGCUGCCUGUGGGCUCGGAGAUCCUGGUAGCAUCAAGUCUGGACGUGCAGGCCAGAGCCACCUUCCCAGACAAGGAGCCAACACCGCCCCCCAUUACCUCCUCCCACUUGCCUUCCCAUUUCAUGAAAGGCGCCAUCAUCCAGCUGGCUACGGGAGAGCUGAAGCGGGUGGAGGACCUCCAGACCCAGGAUUUUGUGCGCAGUGCCGAAGUGAGCGGGGGGCUGAAGAUCGACUCUAGCACGGUCGUGGACAUUCAGGAGAGCCAAUGGCCUGGAUUUGUCAUGCUGCAUUUUGUGGUUGGUGAACAGCAGAGCAAAGUGAGCAUCGAGGUGCCCCCUGAGCACCCCUUCUUUGUAUAUGGCCAGGGUUGGUCCUCCUGCAACCCUGGGCGGACGACACAGCUCUUCUCUCUGCCCUGCCAUCGGCUACAGGUGGGAGAUGUCUGCAUCUCUAUCAGUUUACAGAGCUUGAACAGUAACUCAGUUUCUCAGGCCAGCUGUGCUCCUCCAGGCCAGCUGGGUCCCCCCCGAGAAAGGCCUGAGAGGACGGUCUUGGGACCCAGAGAGCUAUGUGACAGUGAGGGGAAGAGCCAGCUGGCAGGAGAGGGCUCCCAUGUGGUAGAGCCUUCCCAGCCUGAGCCCGGUGCUCAGGCCUGCUGGCCAGCCCCAAGCUUCCAAAGAUACAGCAUGCAAGGGGAGGAGGCACGGGCCGCACUGCUCCGUCCCUCUUUCAUUCCACAGGAGGUAAAGCUGUCCAUUGAAGGGCGUUCCAAUGCAGGAAAAUGAAACUUUCCCAGACCAGGACUGUGGGCUUUACCCCAGAGCUGAGCCUCGCCGCCGUGAGCAGGCAGAGGAUUUGCACACGCCAAGCAGGGAAUGGCUUACUUGGCAGUGAGAUUUGGGGGAAAGGGGAGGCAUGAAGUCAGCCUCUCAAGGCAGGAUCUGUUGCUCAUUACUCCCAUGGCGUCCUUUCAGGACAACCCCAGAGGGUGUUGUGAUGGGGAGCAGCAGGCCUGGGGCAAGGAAGGAAGGGGGUGCACACAGGAGAAGAAACAUUCCAAAAUCAGGGCCUCCCUGUCCUUUCCUCCCCAUCCCUAGCUCCUGCAAAGGAAAGUCCAGGCUUUGGGAGCAGAUGGCAGAGGGAGGGAGUAAAGAAAGAGCCAAAAAUGAUGAUCCACAGCUUAUAGUAGCAGUUAAACUGUCAGAAGUUUUUUUCCUUUUUUGUGGUGGAAGGGCAGGAGGCCCCAAGGUUGGAAAUAAGAGGGUUCCCACCCAGAACCCUUCUUGUGAGAGAUGUGCACUUUAAAGGGUGAUUUUGUUCCAGAUGUCUAUGGCUGGGUGUUUGGGGGAGGAGCACUCUCAUCGACAGGACUCUGCUUGAUCCUCUGCUUCAUAGCCGUCCCCAUCUCUCUUCACCAUUCCGCCUACAAGGCUUCUAGCAGCAUGGGGGCCCAGAGGAGGAGCCCCUGCAGGGUGCAGAGUGAAGUACUGCCUUGCCAGGGACUCAGUCAGGGGACUUUGGGAGAAAGACUUGAUAGCCAGGCUGACUGGGUUCUAGGCAGGGCUUCUGGAAUGGUAGCUCACCUAAGAAAGCUCCUCCAACUCAGUAUGCCAGACCCACUUUGAAAUCUCACAGAAUCUCGUUGGUAAUGGUGACUUUAGAAAGAGCUAGUAGACUCUUCCCCAGGCACCAACCCCCCACCUUUGUCUGUGUUGUGCCUAAGUGCCUGCGCCGCCCCCACCCUCCUGCUGCCCUGACCUCUGCAUGGUGUCGUGACCUGGGCCUCGUUUGUAGCUGCACUGCCUUUCCUUGUCUGCAAAGUUGGUUUUGUCCACUCUGACCAAGACCUCUAGUUUUUGGUGGGUAAGGGGUCUUUUGGGUUUCCCCGUCAGCUAUAAUCUCUUACUUUUAAAAUCUCAAAAUCAUGUCCCCUCCACUUCCACUGCCAAACAGCUAGGUGGAGAAACAGGAAGGGAACUGUGCCCUGGGCCAGGGCGAAUUCGUGGCUGGGCAGUGCCCAUCAUGGCAUUUUCACAUGUCCCAUAUGUCCCCUCCUGUCUUAUUCCACUGCUUCUCCCAGCAUUCUGGCAGCUCCAAGCUAUCCCCUUCCACCACUAGCUCUAAGGUUCUAGGAUAGUCUUGAUAACAUUUCAGUACCUGAGGUAGAUGUCAUUUUGUGGCGGUAUAUUCCUCUGCAAAAAGUAUUUUCAAUCCUAGUUACAUUUGCACCCCCUCCUGCUCCCUGCCAAUGUCUUAAUCCCACAUCUUCUUCACAACUUUUAGCAUCAGCUCAGACCGUGGGGUUCCAUUGGGUAUUGGGAAUUAGGCUCCCCCACUAGCUUUCAGGUGGGUGAGUUUUUUGUUUGUUUUUUGGGGGUCUUUAGACUCUUGAAGGCAACUCAGGGUAUUGUCCACCCAGCUCUCUGGUUAGACUUCUCCCAGGCUAUGAUCCUGGCAUUUCCUUUAUAAGGUAUAUUUGGAUUGGCUGAGACCUGGCCUGGCAUCAGGAGUCCAAACCUCUGAGGUCUGAUCUCUGCUUUGUCAAGGACUUUCGGCAAGUCUCGUGACCUCUGGCUCUUUCACUUCCUCCCCACCUGCCAAAUGGGGAUAAAUAAUCUUACCUACCUCCUGGGGGGAGGGGAAGUUCUGAGAAUGGAGUCAUUCUUAGUGUUCAGGUGCUAAAGGUUGUUCUCCUGGGGGAACAGAGUGACUGAAACUGGCUUGUUUGCGACAAGCCCUACACUCCACUGAUUCCUUGAAAGCAGCUGCCUGGUCAGUCAGCUUUUAGGGGUCCAUCAAAGGAAGCUGCUGACCUGACUGUGAGUGCUUCAAUAUCUGGUUUAUGUCAGAACCAGACACCAACUUUGUAUUGCAUUUGGGAUCAUAUCUUUCCUCUUCUCUGUCCCCCAUUCUCUGAAUGCUGCUUUCUCUGACUUGUCUCCUACAGUGGGGGCCUGUGGGGUUGAGUCUUGUGGAAUCCCUUCAAAUGAGAGCCUUUGGAGAAGGCCUCAUCUCUGGCUGUUUCAUGAGCAACUUAUUCCUAGAGUUCAUUGUUUGCACAGGUUUCUCACAAACAUCCUUCCUCAUAGGAAGGCUCAUCAACUGAAUUUAGUAACAUGUACACAGUAGAUGCUCAAGAAAUGACCGCAAGGAUACAAGCUGAGCUUUCUCUUUAUGGGGCAAACCUAUGUCUAACUAGAUAUAGACUAAUUAGUUUAAAUCAAGUCACCCUCCACUUGGGCUAGUUGUGACUUUACAAACUGGUAACUUCCAUUGAAUUCUGGAAAGAGAAAUUCUUGAGGACCCUGGCAAGUUGGGCCCUGACCUUUCUGUUGUUGCUCCUCUUCUGUCUCUUGCUGGUGAAGCAAUACCAGCAGCUCCUGUAAUACCACAAUAUCGUGCCAUGCAUAUGUAACAUAUUAAUACUUGAUCUUGCUGAGCUGCAAAGAUAUCUUUCAUAAAAUAUGGUUCCCAGGAAAAGAAGGUCUGUGCCCUAAACCUCAGUCAGAGCUAUGACCUUCCCCUUGCAGUUUAGUCUUUUCCUCCAGGCAUGAAAAGUAAAACUAACCUGUGGUGUGUCCAUUCUUCCUUAUAGGAAUUUCCAGAGUUUGCAGGAGAUGUGAGAGCAGUUUUUAGAGAAUGAGCAUUUUUUUUUUUUUUAAGACGGGGUUUCACCAUGUUGGUCAGGCUGGUCUUGAACUCCCGACCUCAGGUGAUCCGCCCGCCUUGGCCGCCAAAGUGUUUGGAUUACAGGUGUGAGCCACCACGCCUGGCCUAGAGAGUGAGCAUUUUAGUGGGAAGUUGUCAACUUUUUAGGAAUGAGCAGUUGACAAGGGCCAGAGCCUGUCCCUUGUCAGCAGUAGGAUGUUCCCAGAGCUUAUUAAUAGAAAGGAGAACUGCUGACUGGCACUGUAAGGGAAUAGGGGAACCCAGUAAUGGAUGGAUAAUAAACCAAGUCUUGAAUCAUUCCUAUUAAGAUUAGUGUAUAUUAGGAAGAGAGGUGGCAUGGGGGGAAGGGGCUCUGGGAGUUCAGAGCUGAGUGCUUGUACCUGAGGGGAGGGGCCCCAGCGGAUCUGGGCUGAUCCUUCUGCAUUCUUGGUCCCAGUUGGUUAUAACACCAAGGGCUUUGCUCUGCGCUGCUUUGCCACUGCUGCUGUCUGCUCACUGUCCUGUCUGCUGCCCUCUACAGCUCCUGUCCUUCCAUGUCUUUGGCCAUGUAGAUUAAGUCCAGGUGUCUGUUUCAUUCUUACCUGUGUUCUGCCAUCUUAUUUUAUUGCAAAGUCAUGUUGAAUAGGGAUGGUAUGAAAUGCUGCUGGUGGGCUGGUGAAUCCAAAGGGAUAUGGCUUCAGUGCUGUUGGGAGCCCUUUGGCUCCAAAUGUCUGACUAUCUUGAGGGAGAAACAAGCAGGUUUCUGCUAGUGGGUGUCUUCUGUUGUAUUAACGUCUUUCCUCUGUGGUAUCUUGUAUCCUGUUUUAAAAACAAAAUGAAGGAACCACAUUAGGGCCCAUGCCAGCAUCCCACUGUAGUUCCUCUAGCUCCAGUUAGGUGGAUUCUGGAGUUUGGAGAGAGUUUAAAGUUUGGCUGAAAUAGCCCCUCAAGUGGGGUUUAGUUUUCAUUUUACCAGUGGGCAUCAUGGGCGAUUUAGAGGGAAGUACAGGAUGGUGGUGUGAUUUGAACCUGCAGCAAGCAGGCAUACUGGAGUUGAGUGAUCCCUCUGGAGAUGAAGCGUGGACAUGGAUUGACUGGGAAAAGGCCUGGGUUCAUUGGAGUAAAGAUAACCUGAUUUAUUGAAUUGGUCAUGGGAGGUUAGGUCACAGUCUUAUUAAAAAAAGUAAAUAGGACAGAGACUAAGUUUUAGGGAGACAUCUUGGCCUCCUGGGCUAAGUGUACUAAACGACAGUGAAGCUACAGUACCUUCCAGUUGGGAAAAAGUGUACACUACAGUUGAAGAGCUGAACCUUAUCAGGUUGGAUGUUGAUCAGGAACCUGUUUGCCCUUUGCUGGGAAGCCUUCACCCUCCAGCUUCUCUGGGGUAGGGAAGGUCUCCCACAUUAUGCAAUAAUAAAAGAAGCAUCUGGGUCUUUGCAGCUGUCAGUUGCUCUUUCAACUCUAGGAUCCAUCUUUGGACCAGAAGCCUGGUCUGGGCCUAGGAUGACACUGGCCCCAGAGAUGCUAGAGUCGACUGCACUCUCUCCUUAGCUGCAGACUAUGCACAGUGCCUGGGGCGGAAGGAGGAGAGGUGUCGCGGUUUGCCCUGCUGCCUCCCCAGCAGGAACAAUAGUCAUAAAUGCACUUUUCACACUAAAGGUUUCUUUAUUAGUUCUCCUGUUAAACCUAGAUCCCUCCCUGGUAGAUUGCAAACUCAAAAGUCUUUGUGAUCCCAAAGCCAUUCCACUGCAAAUGCCCAGCAGUGAAGAUGGCCUCAAAUUGGGUUCCUGCCUGCAGUGUGUGUGGCAGCAGCCCAUGUGCCUUUACCUAUUGUCAAACUUGCAAGCAUUUAUUUGUCUUUAUGACUGUCAUGGGGACUGAGGUUUUUCAGAGAGAGAGAGAGAGAGAGAGAGAGAGAGAGAGAGAGCUGAUGACACAGUGGUUUUACACCCACCCCCGGACAGGGAGUUUGCACGUAGUUGUGAGCUGUGAGUGGUUAGUGCAUUGCUGGUAUUGCCGAAGGCAGGGUUGAUCCCUCACUUGCUUGAUACUUGCAACUUGCAUUCAAGAGAAUCUAGAUUGUGUUGGGGAAGGGACUGACUGUACUCAUGGCUAACUUGAAGUAUUAAAAUAAGGCUGUCCCCUACAACCUUCUUAGUCACACAGGAUCCCUGUAGCCAAAACAGUAUAUGAUCCAGCUGCAGAGAGCAGACCGCUCUCAGCUUGCACAGCACCUUAGGUGAGGGAAGAAUAUAUGGAUAGGGAAUGGGGUGGAGAAAGAAGGAUGAGAAUGUUGUCAUCCGGGUGGCUUUAGGGUCCUAAGGAGUGGAGGAGGAUGGCACUGGGGAGGUCUGGAUGGAUCUGGUAGGAGUUCCCUGUAGAUAAAUUACUGAUCCCCCAUCUACUAUCCCCAGUAUGUAAUGGCUGAAUAAAUAUGUAAUCAACUGCAUUGUAUCUAAAGCCUUAGAACUAGUCAGGUGCUCCCUCCACCCAAUACCAUUUCUUACCCUCUAAUCCUACCUGAUCUUUAACAAAGCAUUAAUAAUUCUAAGGAUAAUCUCUAUUUUGUUGUGCUUUUUUGUAACUGUUUUAAAUAAAUCAAUUUGUACUGUAUAUUUGUACUUUUGUGAGAUCCUUUUUGCUGUUUUACCAUUUUAAGUCUCUGUACUUGGCUACACACAGAUUGUAUUUUUAUUGUUAAUGCUCUUCUUAUGGAUACCUGCAUUUAACUUGUGGACUAUGUAAACACAAUAUCUAUCAAUAUCUAUAUAUCUAUAUAUCUAUCUAUAUAAACUACUAGCUUUUC